ACUCCCGCCAUGUCCUUGGGCCUUUCUUGGAACGUGCGCAUCGACCCCUCCAGCCUGUCGUUCAACAUGUGGAAGGAGAUCCCCGUGCCCUUCUUCCUGUCCGUCUACUUCUUCGACGUCAUCAACCCCAGCGCCAUCCUCUUGGGCGAGAAGCCGCAGGUGCGGGAGCGUGGGCCCUACGUGUACAGGGAGUUCAGGCACAAGGACAACAUCACCUUCAACGACAAUGACACCGUGUCGUUCCUGGAGCACCGCAGUUUCCAGUUCCAGCCCGACCGUUCCCGCGGCCUGGAGAGCGACUACAUCGUCAUGCCCAACAUCCUGGUCUUGGGCGCGGCGAUGAUGAUGGAGAACAAGCCCAUGAGCAUGAAGCUGGUCAUGACCUUGGCCUUCAGCACCCUGGGAGAGCGCGCCUUCAUGAACCGCACGGUGGGCGAGAUCCUGUGGGGUUACGAGGACCCCCUGGUGCACCUGGUCAACAAGUACUUCCCGGACAUGCUGCCCUUCAAGGGCAAGUUCGGGCUCUUUGCGGAGCUGAACAACUCCGAUUCCGGGCUCUUCACCGUGUUCACGGGGGUCAAAGACUUCAACAGGAUCCACCUCGUGGACAAGUGGAACGGGCUUAGCAAGGUCACGUACUGGCAUUCUGAUCAGUGCAACAUGAUCAACGGGACCUCUGGACAGAUGUGGGCGCCGUUCAUGACUCCGGAGACCUCGCUGGAAUUCUACAGCCCCGAGGCCUGCCGGUCCAUGAACCUCAUCUACAAGGAGGCAGGGACGUUCGAAGGCAUCCCCACCUACCGCUUCGUGGCCCCCAGCACCUUAUUUGCCAACGGCUCCGUCUACCCACCCAAUGAGGGCUUCUGCCCCUGCCGGGAGUCUGGGAUUCAGAACAUAAGCACCUGCAGAUUCAACGCACCCUUGUUUCUCUCCCACCCUCACUUCUACAACGCCGACCCGACGCUGGCAGAAGCGGUGCUUGGCCUCCACCCCAACCCAGAGGAACAUUCCUUAUUCCUGGACAUCCACCCGGUCACCGGGAUUCCCAUGAACUGCUCCGUGAAGCUGCAGCUGAGCCUCUACAUCAAGGCCGUCAAAGGCAUCGGGCAAACAGGGAAGAUCGAGCCGGUGGUCCUGCCGUUGAUGUGGUUCGAGGAGAGCGGGGCGAUGGAGGGUCAGCCCCUGCAGACCUUCUACACGCAGCUGGUGUUGGUGCCCAACGUGCUGCACUACGCCCAGUACGUCCUCCUCGGGCUGGGCUGCUUCCUGCUGCUCAUCCCCAUCCUCCACCAGAUCCGGAGCCAGGGUCCCAGAGACGUCAGGAGCCAGCCCAGCGUGGCCGCUGAGCCCAGCCGGCUCCCCAGCCCCUACACCCCACUUCUUCAGGACUCACUCGGCGGACAGCCCACCGGUCCUAAAGCCCGAGUGCCCCCCCGGUUGCCACAUGCGUGUCCACACACAGCACACCCCCGGCACGCAUCCACACGCCAGUGCACAGGUGUGUGCGGACACACUCAGGGAUGGAGCCAAGGCUGAGGAGACUCGGAGCGUCAUCAACAAGGACUGUCUGGAACCUUCUGGAACCUUCUGUCCGAGAGGCCCACAGCGCGCGGGCACUGGGUCCCUUCCCCGAGUGGGCCCGGGCUCCUGACAACUCCUGCCACCUGUCUCUGGUGCCUCCUCCGCCAGCUGCGGGACACCGAGGUCCCUGCUCGGUGAUGCGACCACGCAGGACACAAUUUCACUACUGUCCCCAGACCCAGCCCAGGAACGCAGACUUCUGUGCCAAAGCCAGUGGGCACAGGGGCUGCCCGGCCAUGCCCGUCCCCCCGGGCUGGGCCCAGUCACUGUCACACAGGCCUGGUGGGUGAUGAGCGCCGGGUGCCUCCAGGGGCUGCUCCCACCAGCUCCUGCCUCCCCCAAGUCCAAGGCCGGGGCCCCUCCUCCAGCUAAACUGACGUCAUCCUGCAUCUGAGCCGGCUGCUCCUGUUGGGGGGGGAGGAGGCUCUGCCCCCAGAGGGCUGCCCCCCACCAGGGCCCUCCGCCCCAUCGGUCCCCAUCCGUCCGGGCGCCUGGCUGCUGGGGUGGGAGACGCCCACGUCCCGCUGGGGCGCCAGCCUCUGCCUCUUUUCUACUUCGAGAGAAAUGAGUUUUAUCAUCUUUUAAAAAUAACUCACUAUUGAAGUAAUAAACCUUUUUUAAAAGCUAAA